AGUUAGGGAAUAGUAGGUGUGGCGCCCUUAACCAGUAUUGGUAUUAACAUCUCAGAUUCAGUUUUACUGGUUCGUGUCGAGAUCAGAGGAGAAGACAAGAAGAUUAGAGAUUCGAUAAUCAAAUAGACCGGAAAUGGCGACGAUGAUUGCAAGGAAAUCUUCACAUCUUAUCUUUCGAUCCCUCACUACUACUACUACUAUGUCACCACUGAAGCAUCCCUCGUCGUCUUGUUCUCCUUGGUUCCUUUCGUCGUCCUCAUCGAAAGAGAAACCGCAAGCAUAUCAUCGUUCUGAAGAUGAUGAACCAUCUAUAAGAUCUAGGUUACCUCCAAGGGAAAAAGGUUCACGCGAUGAUCAUCGUAUUAAUGUCCAGAAAUCAAAGACAAUUCCAGGCAGACAUGUAGUUACUCUCACAUUUAAGCCGUUUGCUAGAUGAAUGUUUGUCAACCUAUGCUGCGGUUACAAAAGAUUCUAAGUUCGAUUGCCAUGGUUAGCAUUCUGAAGAUCCAAGGAAGCUUAAUUUUUCGUUUUCAACAUACACUUGAAGUACUACUCUGACAAAAACAUUCUGUAAUGUUGCUUAGUUCACAUUGAAUUAUUGUUUCGAUUGCUCUUAGAAAAUCAACUAUUGGCCUUAUAAGCUCAAUCUCCAAAUUUCUUGUUUUUUAAGUCC